UCCCUCGCGCUAGACUUGUGCAUGUUUUCCCUUCUGCAUUUCGGAGAAGAUGGCGUCGCAGAGAGGAGUCCCUAUAAGUAAGCUAUGUCCAAUGUUCCUCCACACAAACUCCACCAGCCACACCUGGCCCUUCAGCGCCAUCGCUGAACUAAUAGACAAUGCCUAUGAUCCUGAUGUUAACGCCAAGCAGUUCUGGAUUGAUAAGACCCAGAUCAAAAAGCAAGACUGCCUCAUCUUCAUGGACAAUGGAAGUGGAUUGGACUAUGAAAAGAUGCACAAGAUGCUCAGCUUCGGUUACAGUGAUAAGAGAGUCAUUAAUGGCAAGCACCCGAUUGGUCUCUAUGGUAACGGCUUCAAGUCCGGGUCCAUGCGUCUGGGGAAAGAUGCCAUUGUGUUCUCGAAGUCGCAAGACGGAGACACCAUGCAAGUAGGCAUGCUCUCCCAGAGCUACCUGGCACAGAUCAAAGCAGACGAGAUCAUUGUGCCCAUCAUCUCCUUCCAAUGUGUCCCACACAGCCAGUAUAAGUUCAAUGUGAAUGAGAAGCACAAGGCUAGUCUGCAGGACAUCCUGCACUACUCUAUCUUUAAUACGGAGAACGAGCUGCUCGAAGAGCUCAAAGCCAUCAGCUCCACAGGCUCCUCUGGAACACGCAUUAUCGUCUGGAACCUGCGCAGGACGAUAACACGACCGACAGAAUUUGAUUUCACGACAUUCAGCGACGACAUCAAAAUCCCAUUAGAUGCCCCAUUGGAUGGGUUGGAGAGCACCAGUGAGCAAUACAGAGCAAUACAGUCAGAGCUGCUCACAAAACCAGAGAGUUACUACUCGCUACGUGCAUACUGCAGUAUUCUGUACCUGAAGCCCCGGAUGCAGAUCAUAAUUCGAGGUCAGAAAGUGAAGACUGAGCUCAUCUCCAAGAGCCUGGCUUGCAUUGCUAAGGACCAUUACAAGCCCAACUUUGUGAACAGACGCAUCCCCGUGACCUUUGGGUACAACACCAAGUGCAAGGACCAAUACGGCAUCAUGAUGUACCACAAAAACCGCCUUAUCAAAGCCUAUGAGCGAGUGGGCGUUCAACUCAAGGCCAACAACCAAGGUCUCGGGGUUAUUGGGGUCAUCGAGUGUAACUUUCUGGAGCCCACCCACAACAAGCAGGAUUUUGACAAUACUGACAAAUACAGGAAAACCAUCAACAACUUGGGGGUAAAGCUGGAGGACUACUGGAAAGAGGUACGUUUUAAGAGAAACAAAGAAGAUCCUAGCAGCACCACACCAGUGGAAGACACCAUGAAACGUCCAGACCAGAACUGGGUGCAGUGUGACACCUGCCUGAGCUGGAGGAAGCUGCCAGAUGGAAUUGAUUGCAAACGGCUCCCAAAGGAGUGGUUCUGCCACAUGAACCCUGACCCCCAGUUCAGGAGCUGCACGAUAGAGGAAGAACCUGAAGACUUCGAUGAUGACCAACCUUCAUACCAGAAAACCUACAAGCAACAUGAAAGGAACACCAAAAUGAAGCAGGAUAAGAAGCGACAACAGAAUGAAGAUGAGCAGAAGAAGGCAGAGCAGAUGCAGAUUAAGGCUCUGGCUCAGAAGAACAAGACUCUGAAGCACCAGAGGAUCUCUUGCCUCGCCAAAACAUCCCCUUCAACCCCUCCUCCGGCCCCGUCAACCCCUCCAGCCCCUUCAACCUCUCCAACCCCUCCAGCCCCUUCAACCCCUCCGGCCCCGUCAACUCCUCCGGCCCCGUCAACCCCUCCGGCCCCGUCAACCCCUCCAGCUCCUUCAACCUCUACGGCCGCGUCAACCCCUUCAAACCCAAGAAUGAAGAGAACCCUGGCCAUGACCCCUGAAAGUGAGACAAAAAAACCCAGGUUGAAUGGUUUCCACAACAACACCCCCAUGGAGACUGUAUCACCGGCUGCUGAAACAACCAUGUCAUCCACGUCAGUCAUCAUCCCUGUUGACGAUGACGACGAUAACAUCACGGAUGACGAUGACAUUAUGAUCUUGGAGAUCAACAGCACCCCUAUUCAGAAGAAGGCAACCUUUGACCUUGCCAUGGUAAAAUCAGAGAGCAGGGCCAUGGAGACACCUUCUGGCACUGGCAAUGUUAAAACUAGCUGCACAGGAACAAGCUCUGUGGAGACGGGAACUGCGGCGACCAGCUACUUCCCUCCACCACCUUCUUCAGAGCAGGUGAGCAUCACCACCCAGACAGAGAUCAGGAGCAAAGUGAAGGAUGAAGAUGAGGAGCACAAGGAGAAAAGGGAGAAGGAGGAAAAAGUUAGGGACAGAACCGAACCAGGCCCUUCCACACCAAACCCACCCUCUACUGGCCCAUUCACACCAGGCCCAUCCUCUUCUGGUCCAUCCGCCCCAGACCCAUCAGACCAUCCUAUGAUCGACUUCCGUAACCUGUCAGAGGCCCAGGAGCAGCAGGACCAGCUGCUGGAGCUCAUGCAGGCUGCAGCCCACGAGAGGGACCAGUUCAAGGAGCAAGUCAACAAGUUGACCUCCCAGCUCCAUAACCUGGAGGGCAGCAUGCAGGAGCUCUCCCAGGCCACUGUGAAGAGAGAGCACUGCCACCAGGCCUGUCAGACUGGAGAAGGAGGGGAAGAAGGAGAGCAGUCGGAGAGGAUUAAGGUUGAGAUUAUAGAGGAGGAGAGGGGCAACCUCUGGUCUCUUUGUGAGACACUGCAGCAGGACGUGGUGGAGCUGAGGAGGGAGAAACAAGAGUGGGGGAGAGAGAAACAGGAGAGAGAGAAACAGGAGAGAGAGAAACAGCUGAGAGAGAAACAGGAGAGCGAGGGAGCUCAGACAUCAGCUGACCAGGCAGAGAGACUGAGGGAGCUUCGGAGGAGCGUUGGUCGUCUCCUGGUCACGUUUGUCCCAGCACUGGACCUCGAACAAGUAAACUAUGACUGUUCAGUCAUUGACGAAAUCCUCGACCAGGUUCUUACUGACGUGGAGUCUAUGGGGCCUGUGUAGGUGCCUGUGGGCGGGAUAUGGAUGGACGGGUUGUCAACCAUCUUACUCUGUAAGGUGAGGCAAACUUGGGGAUAGUCACAGAUAAUUCCUGCCUACCUUUUUACACUUUUUAAAAUGGUUUUAUAGGUAUUUUUUUACAAACAAAAAAAGGAAAUGAACACAUAAUACCCCAUAAUGACAAAGUAACAACAGUUUUGUAGAGAUUUUUGCAAAUCUAUUAAAAAUAAAAAACAGAUACCUUAUUUAUAUAAGUAUUCAGACCCUUUGCUAUGAGACUCGAAAUUAAGCUCAGGUGCAUCCUGUUAAUGUUGAUCAUCCUUGAGAUUGAUCAUCCUUGAUUA